UCUUCCGGUUCUCGAGUCAGCUUGCUUCACAUCCAAGCACUGCGGGCACUUCGGCCGGUUGAUGGCCUUGCGCUCUUCUUUGGGGCAUGUAUCAUGUGGCGUUCUGGCACAGACGCUCCAGGACGACAAGCGAGAGAGGAGUCACGCCGCCUAAUUGCACGACCUGCAGAUGGCCGUCAAAACGCUGUGGAGCUUCACAUCCCAAGUCUUGGUAGCUGGCAGCUGUUUGCAGCAUUGCUGAUCGUGGCUGCGAUGGUCAGCUCUCUUUCAGUGGGAGUUAAGCACUUGAAACAACAAAAACAUGCCAAGAUGGCCGGUGAUCAGUUUCGGGACUUGGAAGGGGAAACCAAAACAGGAGGGCCCAAUGUGGCCUUGCGUUCCCCGGAAUGCCUGAAGGAAGGUGUGACCUUUCCGAUCAAGGCCAUCCUGCAGAACAACUUGGCAGGCAAAGGUCCUGACCAAGGGGAGGAGACGAUCGAAUACCUGGUCACCAGAGAAGCCUAUGGCUCAGACACUGAGGACUUCAAGGUCUCGUUGCAUGCCAUGAGUGCUUAUGAGCCUCACCCGGCGGAAUGGAACGGCCUUCAAGGUAACUUUGGGAUCAUCAACGAACUUCCUGGCAGAGAUGUUCGAUUGAGAUUCAAGUUCAAAGACAUGGCCAAUGCGCCGGUUUGGCUGCAAAGUUUCGACCUUUUGGUGUGCGACUUGGAUGGCGGCUCCAGUUCCACGGAAUACGUCAGAGCUUUUGGACGUCACCAAGCAUAUUGGGCGAAGAAUACCCAGUUGCAGUUGAGAUCAUUUGGCGACUCCGUGGAGUAUAGCUUGAACUAUCCCUACAGGAAGGAGCUAUCUUCUCUAACGGAUUUGGGGGCUGGCAACCCGACCUAUGCUGGUGAACUCACACCUGAGCAGCAAAGGACCUGCGUGAGCUUGCGCUUUGGAAAGGUCGACCACAUUGACCUGGUGCUGGGCUCCGAACGCCCGGACUCCGCUGCUUCCGGCGACCGAGCCUGGCGUGAUAAUCACAGUGACGCAGGUGCGCCUGGCCCAGGCGUCCGAUCCUUCUUUUUCGCCUUCACUGGCUUGGAGCACUGUGCUAUGCAACAUGCCAGCUCAAGCACCACAUCCACAACAGCAACCAUCAGCACCUUGACCUGGACCACACAUACGGUGACCUCUUCAACCAGGAGCACCGUCACCACCACGCCCUUCAGCACCUCGACCAUCAUCUCGCGCACCAGCACGACGGAGGUCAUGGGCCUCCCCUUCUUUGCCGGUCCAGGUGAUCUGCCAGUGCGGCCGGUGGAGAAAUCAUUGCGAUUUCUGUCUUUGUGGGCCUAUGUGGGUGUCCUGGUGAGUAUUGCGCUAGGCCUUGUGAUGUACUGGCUUUGCUACCUUCGACAACGACGAGGAGCCAUCUCUUCGCAAAGAUUGUUGCAGCUUUGAUGGCUUCAAUCCGCCGCGGGUACGGAAGGUCCAGAAACCAAGGGGUUCAGCGAAUGUGAAUCACAGUGUCGUAGAAGUCAGAGUCCGAGUGGGACGGCAUGUGUGAUCUUGACUGG